GAGAAGCACUAAGAAAUUUCCAUGUCAGGACACUUAGGAAUUUUGAGUAUCACAGAAAUGAACCAACUAGGGUUAUUGCUUGGUGCUCUGAUAGAAAGCAAGGUUGUCAGUUUUACAUAGUGGCCUCUAGAAUAGCUAAUGAGUCAACUUUCAGCAUCAAGAAGAUGAAUUUGGAUCACACUUGUGGAGCAAGUGAAGAAAGCACCAAGGUUACAGUCAAUUGGGUUGCCAAGGUUUGUGAGGAUACCAUUAGAUCAAACCCUGGAGCUGGUGUUGAGACAAUUCUGUCAUACACAAAGAAAACAUUUGGUGUUCAUGUGCCUAAAAGCUUGGCAUAUAGGGCAAGGAAGCAAGCACUUGAAUUUGUGCAAGGAGAUCACAAACUCCAAUAUCACAGACUAAGGGACUAUCUCCAGUGUGUGCUAGAUACUAAUCCAGGCAGUAGAUGCAUAGUGACAACAAAAGAGGACCUAGAAAAUCCAGCUCCUACCCCCAGGUUUCACUACAUGUUCUACUGCCUUUUUGCAUGCAAAGAGGGCUUUCUAAAUGGAUGCAGGCCAUUCAUAGGUUUAGAUGGUUGCUUCAUCAAGCUCAGCACUGGACAACAAAUAUUGGCAGCUACUGGCAGGGAUGGGAACAACAACAUCUUCCCCAUUGCAUUUGGUGUUGUUGACAAGGAAGAGACAGACAGCUGGACAUGGUUUCUCACACAGCUUAGAACUGUUAUUGGGAGUGGGAACAAGUUUGGCAAGUACACAAUUAUGUCUGACAGACAAAAGGGAUUGUUGAAUGCAAUCAAUGAUGUAUUCCCUGACUCCCCACAAAGGUUUUGUCUUAGACAUAUAUAUGCCAACUUCCAAUCUGCUGGUUUUAGAGGGGAGGAACUCAAGAAACACUUAGAUCAAGCUGCCUAUUCCUUCACUAAGAAUGGUCAUGAAAAAGGGAUGGAAAAUUUGAAGAAAGAAAGUUUUGAAGCUUGGCAGUGGUUGUCACAGUACCAGACCAUACAUGGGCUAGAUAUAAAAUGGAUACUGUUUGCAAAACUGACCUGGUUGUUAACAACCUUAGUGAAGUUUUCAACAGGAUGAUAUUGGAUGUUAGGAACAAGCCAAUCAGGACUAUGUUGGAGGGCAUAAGAACAAAGUUGAUGAUCAAGUUUCAGAAAACCAGAGAGAAAACAGAGUCAUGCAGAUGGGAGAUCACACCAACAUACUCAGAAAUUUUAGAAGAAGCCAAGAAGUGGGCUAAGUAUUGUGAUGCAUACAUGGCAGGUCCAGGGAUCUGGCAAGUGACUAGUAGCUCUGAGAACACAUAUUGUGUUAACUUGAACAACCAUACCUGUGACUGUAGGAGGUGGGACAUGACAGUUGUGCCUUGUAGUCAUUCCAUUGCUACAAUGCAGAAAGUGAAGCUACAUCCUGAAGACUUUGUCAAUGCUUUCUUCAAAAAGCCCAUGUACUGUGAAACAUACAAGCAUAUAAUUUUCCCAGUUCCAGGUCCUGACCACUGGCCUCAUACACCUGGAGAUGACAUAUCUCCACCAGUGUUCAAAGAAAAGAAGGGCAAAAAGCAAACUGCCAGAAGGAAAGGUGUAUUUGAGGUGCCAGCAAAAAAGGACACCUCAAGAAUUGGUACUGUCACAUGUAGCAAUUGCAAGAAGCAUGGGUCAUAGGUUCAACAAUUGUGGUGACCCUUUGAAG